AUGGUGAAAAUUAAGCCACGUGGCAUUAUGUGGCGAUCAAACGAUCGAUGGUUAGCUUUUCUCGUGUGUACAGUGUGUUUGUUUCUGAUUACCCGGUCGGUGUCAGCUCAAUUACGGUGCCACUAUUGCGAUGGUUGUGACGCACAUGAUCCUUCUCAGGAAGAAAAUUGCCCUACGGAAUGUGCCAUUUGGUACUCGACAAAUGGAGUAACAGUGACGGUGACCCGAGGAUGUGUAGAGUACGCCAGUGGCGAUGUUACAAUCUACCAACGGUGUGACACGGAACUUUGUAAUACCGCAAGUACCACGCGGUGCCUUCGCUGUGCGUCGGUGUUUUCGACGGAUUGUAACGAUGUAAUCUGCCCGACGCAAGAUGAUCAGUGCUACUUGAACCCAACAAACGGUCAUCGAGGAUGUGAAUCAGAUGUGGAAUAUUCUACCGACUGUCCACCGGAAGAUGAUGCUUGCUCCCGGUGUACACCCACCGCGAAUGGACGAGCCUGCAAUGAAAACCUGCACUGUGUUGUUUGCGACACCAGCGCUAAUCCAGGUUGCCACCUGGAGGUGUCCUUCAUACAGCAGUGUCCCAGUGCCACCGAUGAGUGUUACCGGUAUAUGGACGGGAUUCAGGCGCUACAUUUCGGGUGUACUAGUGGGAAUGAUUUCUUGACCAGUUGCAAGCCACCGUACAACUGCCGCACGUGCGCUACCGACGAAUGCAACCGAGAUGGUAAGAUAACGCACGGGCAGAUCCUGCGAGCAAUUGAUAAAUUGGCGAGCCCUCUUUCAGACAUAUUCACGUGCUACGCCUGCAGCGACUGUCGCGAGGUAGACGAAGCUCUCAAGAGUGUAUUCGAGUGCACCGUGUUCGAGUUUGAUCAGUGUUACGCGGGCUACGAUUGGGCAGAGAAACAGACCUACAGGGGUUGCGCGUACGAGGACCUGCCACCGUUCGAUCUGAUCAGCACGUGCGAUGAAAGCGAUUGCAACAGCGAGAUCUUCCCCAAUCACCUCCAGUGCUACCAGUGUGUCGGAUGCAGCAGGAUCAGCCCCGAGGAUAUCAAUUACUGUCGCGAUCCAACGGCCACCGCAUGCUUCAUGAUGCAGCUCGAGUCCGAAGGAGGAGGAAAAACGCUUGUCCGUGGUUGUAACACGGACGAGUCGUUCCAGGAUUGCCAGCUCGGUCGGAAUUGCGUCACGUGCGAGGGCACACAGUGCAAUGGGGAGGCCGGAACUGAGCAACGGGUUUGCGCGCGUUGUAACAACGUGAAUGAGUGCAAUCAACAGACCGUACCGUCUGGCUGCUUUGACACCUACUUCACCAACCAGUGCUUCGUGUACUCGGAUGGUGUCGAUGAACUGCUAAAAGGAUGUCUACUUGAGCUGGACCCGGAAAUGGCUGAAGCGUGCUACGAUCCGUCCGAUACCCGGUGCACCAUAUGUAAGGAUUUCAACUGCAACGAGCGGCAUUGCGCAAGUUGCAGCACGCGUGAUGGAGACGGUUUAGCGUGCCUGCUGGCGGACAACGAACAUCCGCUACCGUACGUGCUGUGCACGAUCGGAUGCCGGAUGGAGGUCGACGCCGAAGGACACACCGUGCGGGGUUGCAUUGAAAAUUUCCCGAAUGCAUGCGAUACGGUGACGGGAAUCUGCAACGAAUCGCUGCAACCGGGAUCGAAUGUGGGGAUUUUUCCACCCGUGCGACGCAAGUGCUUCCAGUGUGAUGGCGUUGACAGCUGUCAAGAGGAGCAGCAUGACAUGAACGGGCAAUACUGUCGGUUGUACUACGGCUCGAACGAUGGUUGUUACAUCUUCAACGAUGGGUUCGACAUUAUACGCGGUUGCACUUCCGACCCGAGUGCUAAGUGUUCCGAAUCCGGCAGUCAGGAUCCCAACUGCAAGAUCUUCACCGGUGACCUCUCGAACGGAGCAGCCGUCGUGCAGAUGAGUUGCUAUCGCGAUUGCCCGGGGGCUGGAUCGGAAAUGAUACCAUCAUGCCCGCCGGUCUACUGCGGUGGUUCGGACGAUCGCUGCUUCCUGAGUGUUUCCGGAGGUGGCGUGAUCUCGCGUGGCUGUACAUCCAUGCUCAAUGGGUGUCCUGCGGAUAGCAAGGACUGCUAUAUCUGCAACGAACCGAACUGCAACGGGGCGCAUGCAAUCUGUGCUACUUGUGAUUCGUCCAUCGAGACGGAUUGUCUUGUUGCGGAGGACCAUCAGGACGUUUGUGAUGGAAUGGCCGGAUGCUUCCAGUAUCAGGACAUCGAUCGGGAAAUCUUUGGCUGCGCAGAACAGGCACCUGCCGAUUGCGCGGAGGAUGCCGAUCACUGCCGAUUCUGUGAUGAAGCGAUGUGUAAUGCGAAAGCUCUCACGCUUUGCUUUUCCUGUACCAACUGUCCGAGUGUGGCGGAACCAACAGUACAACCGACGAGGCUGUGCCCCACCGAACAGGAUCGCUGCAUAACCGGAAUCAUCGACAGCAGGAUCGAUCGAGGGUGCUCAUCAGAGUUGCCAAGCCCCAUCGAAGACUACAUCGUGAUCGAGGACUGUGUCGAGGCCAUCUGCAACAACCUAGCGGCUAGUGAAUGGGCGAGCUGUUACGUCUGCAUCGACUGUCCGGAUGUACCGAAUGCUCAGGCGUCAUCUCUCUGCGUGAGUCCUCCCACGAAUCAGUGCUUUACGAGGCGCGAUAGCGAAGGAUUGAUUCACCGGGGUUGUGCAACAGAGGUCAACCUCGAGGGAUGCACCGACGGGUUGAAUUGCGCCGUGUGUCAAGGGGAACAUUGCAAUGGGGAGCCAAUUUUCGGUGCUUCACCUGAAUCUCCACCAUUCGGUUGUGUCCGCUGCGAGGCGGUGGAAAACUGUGCCGAUUAUAACACCGUCAGCGUGUGUCCUAACGAGCUUGGGCUGUUGUUCGAUGGCUGUGUCACGUACGACGAUGGGACGAGCGUACAGAAAGGAUGUCUGAGCGAUUCGAACAUGUUAGUCCUGUGUGGUGCAGGAGCGAAUCCUGACCACUGUCAAGUGUCCUCGAUGCCGAUGGGCAACGCGAGGCCAAUACGUUGCCUAAAAUGCCAGGAGGAUGCUGCUUGCGUCCUGGGAGAUCCUGCCGAGCUAGAGGCACCAACAUACGAGCAAGGAUCCUGCGUGGCGUUCAUCAACGAAGGCGGUUGGAUCGAAAGGGGAAAUUCGAUCGAAAAUCCGGCGUGCAAGGAAUCAUCUCAUUGUGUGGAGUGUUACUCUGAUGCUUGCAACGUGGGGCUGAUUCCUGAGGAUCGACUGCAGUGCUAUCAGUGCAGUGGUACGGAAUGUGCCAGUGCGUUUCCAGCCGGAGUGCCCACAUUUACAUCCCAGCCAUGCCUGCGUUACAACGCGCCCACCGAUCGGUGUUACACCUUGUACGAAGAUGAAACGAUCGCACGGCGCGGAUGUCUGCAGGAUGAAGCCAUUUGUGAAGGCGCCGACGACGGAGGCUGUCAACUUUGCGCUAGUAACGGAUGUAACGACGUUGACUAUGCACAUUUCAUCCAGACCACGGUGUGUAUUCUGUGUAGCACCAACCGGGAAUGUGAAACAGCCCCGACGGAGCAGAUGUGCAGUGGAUCCGGUGGGUGUUUUACAUUUUUCAGCGGAUCGUUUGUUGUUGCGAAGGGAUGCGUUUCGGAGAUCGGUGAAAGUGCGCCCUGGUACGAGGACUGUAUGGAUGGCGGUUCAAGUGACCGGUGCCUGCGUUGCUAUGGUGAUCGAUGCAACCGCAAUCGGUGUUACGUCUGCAACUCGAGUCUCGCUGGGAUGGAUGGGUGCAUCAAUCCCCUUACUGAUGGUGCCAAAUCGGCUGUUUGUCCUGGGAGCGAUGAGUGUGUGGCAUUUAUAGAUGACGAAGGCCACACCGUCCGCGGAUGUGCCGACGAUCAUCCGGAGCAGGUGGCGAAGUGUUCGGAACCCGACGAAAAAUGUCAGAGUUGUAGAGGAGACCUUUGUAACGCGAAACCACUGCCAGAGGACCGCAUAAAGUGUUACCAGUGUUCUGGUUCAGACACAACUUGCAUUACACCGGUGAAAGGAAGCGAAAGCUACUGUGGAACUUACCGAGAGGGAAAAGAAAGCUGUUUCACGCAUUUCAUAGAUACAACAACGGUCGAACGAGGAUGCACGUUGCAGCGGGAUUCUCCCUGCCAGGGAUACUGCCAGGAAUGCAGCACAUCCGGCUGCAAUGAUCAACUUGCGUUGGCUCAAAAUCCAUUGCACUGUGUGCAUUGCUCAGGAGAGUCCUGCGUUGGAAUUGACGCACCGAACGAAACCAACGCGAUACAAUGCCCGGGCGAGCUGCUGUUCGGUCGCACCGAUCGAUGCUACACACACUUCGAUGAGGAAGGGAUAGUACUGCAAAGAGGAUGCCUCAGUGAACUGACACUCGCCGGAAAUGUGGUCGCGUCUCAGUGCGAGGACCCGUUGGAUGUCACGUGCAAGCUCUGCUCCAAGGAUGGCUGUAAUGCGCGCAGUGUGCAGUGCUUCGUUUGUGACUCCGACACGACUCCCGGUUGUUCCGAUGUCCUGAAUGGUGACGUCCACCAUCCACUGCAACGCCGUUGUGGUACAGAUCAGUGCGUUUCCCUGCUGAACGGAGAAACAACUCGUCGUGGCUGUGCGGAAGACUUCGAGGGCACGAGCUGUGAUCAGGCGCAUGGAUGCGAAACGUUCAUUGGUCCGCUUUCAAACGGUGGGAUGUAUCCUGCAGACCGAUUACGGUGCCAUCAGUGCACGGGGUUAACGUGUGGACGAGUUUUGGAAACAGCUACACCCGUCGCUUGCCAGCAAUACCGUUCCGAAGACGAAUGUUACACGUAUGUUUCUGAUACUGGCGAAACAUCCCGCGGUUGCCUUUCGGAUCCCGAAGGGGCAGAUACAUGUUUGCAAAACCCGUAUAACUGCAUUCGCUGCACAUCGCAUAACGGUUGCAACGUGGAACCAAGCGAGAGUCCGAAUGAACUCACGUGCGCUCAGUGUAACGGUGCGGCAGGAUGUUCGCAGGGUGACGGAUCUUCCCCCGUCCAGUUUGAACGUUGUCGCCGUCCGUUGUUGCUUGGUCGACAGGAUUCCUGCUACACGCAAUCGUUCGCUGGUGAGGUCCUUGCGCGCGGAUGUCUUAGCGAUGUGGACGCUUCUUUGAGUGGAAAAUGCACCAACGGAUUGGAAGACGAAUGCACCGUGUGUCAGUGCGAUCGCUGCAAUGGCCCUCCUAUCGAAUGUGUGAGCUGUGCGGGUGAAACGUUCGGUUGUGGAGAUGUGCUAGGAAACUCUGCCGACCUCAGCAAAUGUCGUACGGGAACGUGUGUAUCAUUUGUGCGCCAAUUCACCAACGGAUCAUCGAUCAUCGUGAAAGGCUGCUCGGAAGCGUACGAAAAGGAUACGUGUACCGCUAUGGCGCAACCGGAUGUUGGAAGUUAUCAGCUGUGCCAUGAUUCCGGCUGCAAUGACGUUCGGUUUCCACUAGAGCGCCUCAAGUGCUACCAGUGCACGGGUGAAUCUUGUUCCGAUCCGUCUCUGGAACCAACGCUUUGCGAACCAUACUACGGUCCAACGAACGACCAGUGCUACAGCUUCACGGAUCGGCAACAAAAAGGAUGCCUUGGGGAGCUGGAAAAUCCCGAGAUAUGCACGCCGGAUGGGUCCGGUGGCUGUCGGGUUUGUGCUUCCGGUGAUGGGUGUAACGAGGAGCCACGUGCGCUUCAGUGCAUCGAUUGUUCGUCGAAAAAUGAUUCACGAUGUGUUGACCCAAUGUUGGUUGGGAAGUCGACAAAGUGGUGUCCAAUUGGGGGCUGCGUUACGUUGAUCGAUGAUGAAGGCUUCACAGUGAAAGGAUGCGCAGAGGAUCACGACCUCAACGCAACAUUCUGUUCGACAACCGGUGCAUCCUGCCACGUCUGCUCUGAUGGCGAUCGAUGCAACGACGUGCUGUUCCCCAACGAUCGGUUGCACUGUUUCCAGUGUUCAGGUGCUGGCUGUUUAGAUGUUUCACAGCUUCGUCCAAUCACCUGCCAGCGGUACGAUCCGACGGAUGUCUGCUACUCGUACGCCACUGAUCCUAUGAGCAUCGAGCGUGGCUGCCUAUCAGACCGUGUGUCCCCGUGUCCUGAUGAAUGCGUCACAUGCACCGGUACAUCAUCGAACGGCUGCAACGACGAUCCACCGCUCGUUCCCAACUCGCUCACGUGCCACCGAUGCGAAGGAGCAUUCUGUGCGAGUGCCCAAAUAGGUGCAGGAACCGAAUGUCCUGCCGUAUUGCUAGGACACACCGAUGCUUGCUACAGCUUCGUCGAGACGUACACGGUCCGAAGGGGUUGCCUUUCGGAGGUGGAUGUCUGCAAUCCUGCGGAUCCAAACUGCCACAUCUGCUACAACGGAAAGGACUGUAACGGUGCGGCGUAUCCUGUUACCACCCGCGAGUGCAUCCACUGCUCGGAGGACGAGGAUGGUGAGAGUUGCAGAUGGGGCUUCGCUCGUUCGAACGCGCUCCAAUGUCCUGAAAGCGGGUCAUCUUCCUUCGGAGCCGGGUGUUACACCUGUUACGUGGAGGACCGUUCUUCGCCGGAAUUAACCCCCAAUGGGACAGCUCUCGCAUACCAGCGCGGUUGCGUCGGAGACGACCGCCAGAGCCUGUGUCGGCAGGAUACGCUGAGUGUUUGCCUCGGGGCGGGUUGCAAUCACCGGAACGAGCGGUUGCAGAUUUGCGCCAAGUGUGAAACCGGAUGUGACGGUGGCCGGUGGCUCGUUGAGGAGUGCCGGGGUGCGGUGGAGUACGAACGGCGCGGGUGCUUCCUCAUGCGAGACGGUCGGAAGCGUGUCCUGGCGCGUGGUUGCGUGGCCGAUUUGAAGCAGGACGAUUGGCAACGGUGCUCGAACGCGCGGGAUGCAUCCUGCGUUACGUGUCUCGAGAACGAAUGCAACCGGGCGGUGUCCUCGCUGCGUGGGGUGUCCUUGCUUGGGUUGGUGUUGGUUGCCUUACUGGCCGUUGCUGGAGCACGUCGGUAG